UCCAUUACUUGCCAAGAAACAGACAGUCACAGAGAGGCGAACAAACAUGGACAUUCUCCUUCCAUGCAAUUCCUGCAUUUCGCUCCACCGGAAACCGGGUUUUCACCGGACGCGUUCUUCUUUUACAUCAGAAGCCCAUACUAAGCUCAGAUGCUACCGUCAAACAACUUCUUCAGAGCUCCAAACACCGGUUGGAGCCAGGGGCACGUCCGGUAACUAUUACUCUCCAGCUUCUGUUCCGACGCACAAAGUCACUGUUCACGACCGACAACGAGGUGUCGUCCACGAGUUCCUUGUUCCUGAGGAUCAGUAUAUAUUGCAUACUGCUGAAUCUCAAAAUGUCACACUUCCCUUCGCUUGCAGGCACGGUAUAUUGUUCUGUUGUUGUACUAGCUGUGCUGUACGUGUGAAAUCUGGGCAAAUUAGGCAGCCUGAAGCACUAGGGAUAUCUGCUGAAUUGAAAUCAAAGGGGUAUGCACUUCUUUGUGUUGGAUUUCCAUCAUCGGAUCUGGAAGUUGAAACACAAGAUGAGGAUGAGGUGUAUUGGCUUCAAUUUGGAAGAUAUUUUGCACGAGGGCCCAUCGAAAGGGAUGACUACGCCUUGGAGCUUGCCAUGGGUGAUGAAUAAACGAAACGAAUAUCUAGAUGUUCACUGGAUAGGUUCUGCUGUUAUGAUCUCCGACGAUACCAGAAUGCCUAGAUAAAGAGAAUAGCAGGAGCUCCUUUGGUGAUACUCCUCCCCCCACAAUGCCAUAUGUGAUUUGAGCUUGUUAAUGGAUCUAAUCUCGAACCCAGAAGGAUGGUCUGAUCUGUUUUUGGUUGUAAUGUUAAAACAAUGUGUUGUUAACUACUAGUUUCAAUGUUAGCUUGUUGGUUUUGACUUGUGUUAUGCUGACCUUUAGCAUGCAAUUGACAUCAUGGAUGAGGUCUAUGCUGCGAACACAUAAUGGACAAUCAUCUUUAUUUUGAAAGUUUGGGAUGGAUUAUAUGAAUUUAUGAGAAAAUCAAUGAGACUUCACUACUUGAAUU